AAAAGUUGCAGACAUACCUCAUGGCUCAUACCUAUUCAUUUUUCAUUUAUAUAGUAUUUGCUUGAAGCACAGAAUAAUCAUUUCUGCGGUUGAAAACUGAACGACUUUCUGUCCAUUGUUAUGGGUUAUGAUGUACGAAUUCUACAUCAUAAUAUUAAUUAUUAAAGAUAAUAAUAUAAUAUAAACUUUUUACAUCGUAUUUAUGUGUCCGCCGCCCGAUACAAUAACAGACUCGUGACUAUAAAUCUCGAAAUCGAAAUCUGAUCACGAUGGGCUGUCGUUCGUCCACGGUUUACUACACCGCAACUCAACUACAUGUUAUAUUGUUAUAAUAAUUAACCAGACAUUUGUUCAGCGUAAGUACCUAUGCAUUAAUGAUUAUAGUUGUUAGUGUUGUGUUUUGGUGGCGGAUAUUGUUGCACCUACAAUAUUAUUAUUUAUUAGUUUUUCACGCAUUAAAUAUCCCGACGGACGUGAACGUGUAAUACUUACCUAAGGUACCUAUAUUAUUAUUCGUCCUGGUGCGGAUAUCGACGUAUUGCGCUUAUUGUAUUGACUUUCGUUCGCCCUCCGCCGAGAUAGAAUAAAUAAUAAUUCCCAUGGUACUAUUAUGUUACAGUACGUUAAUUUAUCAUGAAUAAUGAUAUCAAUUCUUAAUCCCGAUUCCGUCGUUAUUUCGAAAUACUAUAAUAUCCUCCCACUCCAAUACUCAUGAGCACGCUUAUUUACCUUUCUUAUCCUUAGACAUAUUAUUAUAAAUUGUUGUCUUGUAAUGUCUACUAAGCUUAUCUCAAAGAUGGUGGAGGGGGGGUGUCUGUUGGCACAUUGCAUACAGUUCAUCAAGUAUUCGAGUAUCAACCUAUUAUACAAUUUGAAAUAAUAAUUACUAUAAGUGACUAUAUAUGACUAUAUAUCAAAAUAAAUGUAUUUAGGCAUAUUAAUAAUUAAUGAAUACGAAAUUGGAAAUAGUUAUAAAUGUGGGUUGUCACUAAUAAACAAUGAUGAGAAUUUAAAUUUAAAUUAGCCUGGCACUGAUAUUUAUAAUAACAACUUUUAAUAAUCAAGAUAGGAAAAUUAUUAAUUUAAUUUAAAUGUGGUGUCAACAACGCAUGAGCCGGAUGGUGGACAUCUGGUCUGUGUGUUAUAUAGUGUACCGUUGUCAUUGCAUCAGUUUAGUGUAGCUGUCCGGGGUGUAUAAUUGGUGGGUAUGGGUACUAGACUACUAGAGUAUAUAACAAAUGUAUACCCAUAACAAUACUUAUAAAGAAAUACACAUUAUACCCAAAUGGAAAUUUAAUUCUUUAGAUAUACGGUAUAUUGCAGGGGUCCCUAACUAAUUUCUAUGAAUGUCCGUAUUGAAACGUACCAAAUUUUCCUCGGUCCCAAAUAGUUUUAAUGACUUACAUACCAAUGUUAAUAAAUACACAUUUUAUUUUUUUAAUUUAUAUUUAUAUUAGUUGAUUUAGGUAUUUAUUAUAAUAAUAUUAUUACCUACUAUAGAAAAAUUAUUCUAAAAAAAGUGGGGAAGUGGAUGUCGUUCUGCUGUACAGUAAGUGCACAAAAGUGAGUAAAAAAAUAAACACCAUUGUAAAACCACUAGCUUUGUCACUCCGCUCAGAAUCUAUAAGACAAUUAUACAAGAAAACAUUUCAUUUUUAGUCUGAAAAAUGUUUGUCAUAAUGUAUAUUUUAUAGGUAUGACACACUUAUUGUUUUAUAUUUAUAUUAUACAAAUUUAAAAACUACUCAGGGUCCAUAAAAAAAGUGUUUGUUGUCCAUAUUCAAUUGGUGACCCCUGGUAAAUAGUGAUACAUAAAAGUUAUUUUAUUUUUGCAGCCUAAUAUUUUUCUUAAUUUUUAUAUUCUGAACAAAUGCUGCAAACACUUACUGCAAGGAUUUGUUUUUUUUUUUUAAUGUAAGUUAAGACUAUUUUUGGGUACUAAAAAUCAUUUAGACGUUGAACAGUCGGCACCUUUAUAUAUAAGAAUUUUUCAUGUAGCAGAUACUUAAGAAAGUUAAUUAUUCAAAAUUGUUAAUAGUUAUAUCAACACCAACAAUUUGAGUUAAACGUUAAAAUAUGUCAGUUACUAGGUUUUAACAAAAUUGUUUUGAGUUAUUUAGUAAUUUUUAAUUUUUAGAAGUGUUUAAAUUUAAAAUCUGAUAAUUUAAUUAUACUCGUUUUAAAAUCCCAGCUGUAAUUAAAGGAUCAGUCAUAUAUUAACAAAUAAUUUUAUGUAAUGUUAGUAAAAUAUAUUGUUUGUAAAAAUUGUAUUGGUUGAGUAGGUAUUUGUUUAGUAGAAAAAUAUCUAGUUUUUGAGUGGGAUGAGAAUAAAAUAAUUAUCGAGUUUUUAUUUGAAUAAAAUGGAAACUGGUUUCCCAAAUGUAAGUCUCAAUUCCUUAUUUGUGCAUAAAAGGCUGAUGCUGGGUUGCAUAAACAAUUUAUUAAAUUUAAUUGACCAAUCAUGGACCACUAAAUCUUGUUUUAUUUAGCUCAUUAUUGAUUCAUUAAAUGUUUUGUGCAAUCCGGCAUUAGACUAUUGUAUAUUAAUAAUUAUAGAUGUAUAUUUUGUUAUUUAUUUGUUUAUCAUUUUAAUUUUUUUAUGCACCCAAUAAAAUAUAUUAUAUAAUUAUAAUUGUAAUUAAAACAAAUUUUUUUUUUAUAGACUUAAAAAAAUUAUGGUUUUUAUUGUUGGUAAAUUAAGUUGACACUAUUUACAAGUAUGGAUGAGCCAAUCGAUACUGAAAAUACAACUUUAUUAAGAGAUUUCAAUGAAACUCAUUCUAAUCAUGAGUGGUCUCCUUUUAUGUGUGAGGGACCUUCACAUUUGCCUACUUUCAAGGUUUCAUUAUAUUUAAAAAAUCUUCGGUUUGAUGGAUGCGGGUCUUCAAAAAAAAAAGCUAAAAUAGAUGCAAUAAAGAACUUCAAUUUAUACACUUUAAAUUAUGGUUCUAAUUCUAAGGCUAAUCAUACUGUAGAAAGUGAUACACAAGUUGGGAAAAGAAAAUGUACUGAUGAUAUAAUAGAAAACUCACUAUCAAAAAAACUUGCAAUAGAACAUCAAGUGGCUGAACAUCAAACAUCAGCAGUAUGCAUCCUACAUGAAAUAUUCCCAGGACAAACCUUGAUAUACGAACAUGAGCAGUCCCAUGGUAUAUUAGAAACAAUUAGUGUCAUUGUUUCUGGUAAUAAGUACAUAGGUUAUGGGAAAAGUAAAAAAGAAGCAAAAGAAAUUGCAUGUCGUAAUGCUUUAAAAUCCUUGUAUGAUGUGCAGCCAAUAGAUAAUAAGUUCAAAAAUCAAAUAGAAAUGUUGCGUACUGAUUAUAAUGAUGCUAAAAUUAUUGAUCAUUUUGCUAGAAUUACAGAUAUAGUAUACCAAAAAUUAGAAUUUGAUCAAAUCAAAUUUAAAGAAUACUCAGUCAUUGCAAGUAUUAUUAAAAUGACCAAAGAUAAUUUGAUGUCAGCAGAAGUAAUUUGUUUGGCUACUGGUACAAAAUGUUUAUCUGGUAACUAUUUGAGCCUAAGUGGUGAAUCUUUACAUGAUUGCCAUGCAGAAAUAUUGACCCGCAGAUGCCUAUUGAAAUUCUUUUAUAAAGAACUCAUGGAAUCAGUGAAAGGCCUUCCUUCUAUAUUUAUCCCUGUAUUUAUCUCAGAUGAUAAAAAAUGUAAGUUCAAAUUAGCAGAAAAUAUAGCAUUUCACUUGUACAUAAACACGGCUCCUUGUGGUGAAGCUAGAGUGUUCAGUUUCUGUGAUACAGAACAACAGUCUAAUCGUUUAAACCGUGGUUUAUUACGAUCAAAAAUCGAAAAUGGUGCAGGCACUGUAUCUGUAUUUGGUAGAGAAGUUCAGACAUACGAUGGUGUUGCUCAGGGUGAACGUCUUGUUACUAUGUCAUGUUCAGACAAACUAACACGAUGGAAUGUACUUGGACUACAGGGCAAUUUAUUAUCAAAUUUUGUUGAACCCAUCUAUUUAGAAUCAAUAUCAAUUGGAAGUAUGUUCAAUAUAAAUCAUAUGAAGCGGACAAUUUAUGGUCGUGUUGAAAACAGCAUUGAUGAAUUACCACAAAAUUAUAAACUACAGAAACCUCAACUUCGUGGUUACGGUAUACUUCCUCGUAGAUCUGUUACAUUAUCACCUCACUGUGUGAAUUGGAUUAUAAAUGAAGGAAUUGAAAUAAUUAAAGGAAGUAUGGGUAGAACAGUUGAAAAUAAGUUAUCCAGAGUAUGUAAAACCUCAUUGGCUAAAGAAUAUAUUAAACUGUGUAGUGCUACAAAUAAUUUAUCAACUCUUAUUGAUAAUGAAACAAAUAUAUUUUAUGAUUCAUUGAAAAAUAAAAAUAAGAGUUAUGUAGCUGCUAAAAAUGAAUUAUUAUCAACAUUUAAGUCAUUAAAACUUGGGACUUGGGUACAUAAGCCUGAAGAACUUAAAAGUUUUGAAUUAAAUGUUGGUAAUGCAAUAAAUAAAAUUGAUAUUAUAACAUAAUAAUAUGUAUUGAAUACUUUUACUAAGAAUAACUCCUUGAAUAAUUUACUUUAGAUCAAUUUUUAUGUAAAAAAUUAUUAGCUGUAAAAAGUUUCCAGAAGGAGAAAUAAAGAAUCACCCAACUUUCCCCAAUUUAAUAUUUACAUUUUAUAAAUAGUAGACUAUUAUCAUUUAUAUUUAAUACUGACUAUUUUUAAUUUAUUACUGAAAAUAUUGAUUUCUCUUUGACUGUUUUUUAGAGUAAAUAUUUAAUGUUUUAAAAAUGUAUAACUUUCUUGUCUCGCUCUAUUUAUGAUCUUAAAUGAAUAUUACUAAUAAUUAAAUAUAACAUUGGUUAAUUUUAUAACAUGCUCUGGUAUUGCAAAUUUAUUAUAAAUUAGUAAUGACCUCACUGCUACUUUAAUAUCUGUCUCUUAAUAAUAAUGUAUGAUUGUUUAAUUUAUUAACCUCUUUUAUAAUAUAAUAUGAGGUAUGUACAAAAAAUAAAUAUACAAAAUGUAUUGUAAAUUAUGUAUUUAAGUGACAGAAUAUUUAAAAUAGUCAUACCAUUAAUAAAAACACAUUUGUAUGCAUAUAUUUAAAUAAUUUUAAAAAUAAAUACAUAUUAUGUAAUGCUUACAAUGUGUGAUAAUUAACAAAUUAUUAUUAUUUUUUUUUUUUUAAUUAUUUACUUAUUCAUUUUAAAUACAAUUUGUAUAAUGAUGUUGAGAUUAAAAAUUAAAAAUUAGUAUUUCUAUGCAUACAUUUUGAAUACUUUAAUAAGUAUUUUUUACAUGAUUGUACCUUCUUAUAUAUUAUAUAUUUAUAUAUUAACCAAGAUCUGGGGAAUAACAACAUAAAUAUCAAAUAGAAUCAAUCUUGUACAAUUAAUUGACAAUUUAUUUGAUGAAGGAUACUUUGAUAAAUGAUUAGACCAUUCUUAGAUGAAAAAAAUUCUUAUUUAAAGAAUAGUGUUGACUAGUCUAAUAUAUUUCAUUGGUUAUUUGCAAAUGUUCAACCGCCAAACAUUGUAAAAACUACUAAUUACUAUUAUUGAUUAUUACUAAUAUUUAUAAUCAACGUUACCGUGUUAAACACCUCCCUCCCCCCACCCAUUGACAUUUCCCCCUAAUAAAUGUAUUAUUUAUAUACGAAAACUGUAAAAAAAACU